CUUCAGCCCCGUUGGUAAGGCACACCCUCAAGGGGCUGCGGCGGCUCUCAGAACAUUUAUGACGCAGGAAAGAUAGGAUGGCGGAGUUCGGCGCACACAUAACCAUCACGGCGAGGGACCGGCCGUCAAUAUUCGAUGUAGUGGCGCAGGACAGUCUGAUGGCCACCCUCAACCCAGCCGUGAAGCACGUUCUCAAGGUCUUAGCUGAGAGUAACCCAGAAAGACGUGGUUGGUGUCUUCGGUACAGUAAUGAAAUAUUUAUGAUAUUCAAUCUCGUUAUACAACACCACUACCUUUCAAACUAUGGUUCAUCUUUUGCUGAAAACUUUUAUGAUCUAAAAAGAGUUGAGGUGACUUCAAAGAAGAAUAAGAAUCCCCUCACACUAUCAAAGGAAGGCUACAUGAAGUCAUUGUUUGCCCUUGUGGCCUUUCCAUUUAUCCAUACAUUGCUGGAUCAAACAUACCAGGAGCUCAGAGAACAUGAAGACAGUGACACAUCAAAUAAUCAGGGUUGGAAAGCAAGAAUUCGGAAGUUAUUUUCAAAGUCUUGGCCUGUAGUACAUCUGUCAUGGGAGCUGCUCACAGUAAUUUUCUAUGUCAGAUAUGUGAUUGGGAGAAAUAAGUUUCAUAACCCUCUUUUGUACAUCUGUGGCAUUCAUCUUGCAACUCUCAGCAAAGACGACUAUGAGAUUAUUGAUGCAAGAGGAGAACAACUUCUUUCUUUCAAGAGAGUGAGGAGUUUGCAAGAGUUCAGUCAGUGGGCAAUGGAGCGCCUCGGGUCAACCUUGAUGAAUUCCCUUGAAGUUGGAGCCUUUUUCCUUCAGUUCCUAGAAUGGUUCUACACAAGCAAUGUCACUCCAAGGUCCAUUCUGGUACAGCCUAUCCCACAACCACCACAGGUGACAGGGAUGAAAGUCAGUGGCUUGAACUCUACAGACUGUCCUAUAUGCUUCAAGAAAAGAAAGCAAGAGACAGCAUUAUCUGUGUCAGGGUAUGUGUUCUGUUAUAGCUGCAUCCUGCAACACUUGAGGAAGGAGCAAAAGUGUCCAGUGACGGGCUACCCAGCCUCCCCAGCUCAACUCAUUAGGAUAUAUCAGGCAAUGUGAUUUUAUAGAUUAUUGUUAAAAUAUCAUUAAUGAAGAAAAUCAUAGAAUAUUGCAGUCUAAUGUAAAGGUGCCCAUACACUAUCAAUCAUGAUUGAGUUAUUUCCAUCGUGUGUGGGCAUGAUUGAAGUAUUGGCAAAUGAUUGAGCAAAAUCUGACAGUGUUGGAUUUUUCAACUCCAUCUUGAUUGAUAGUGUAUGGUGAAGAUUGAACAAUAAUCUUCAGCUGCCUGUCACCAUCAGCAGCCAUAGUGAGUGCACAGGAGAGCCAGGAAGUGUUGAUGCGAGUUUAUUGAACUAUAUAGAAGUAUGCCUGCACUUUGGAAGGUGAAAAGUGAUGAAUAUAAGAAAAAUGACACAUGGAAGGGAACAGUUAUGGAAUAUUAAUAAAAAAAAAUAAAGGAAAUAGCUAUUUCUAAUUAUAUCAAUACGUUUUUGUGAGUGAAGAUGUUUCUUUUCCUACACCAUAGCCUUUCCUACACCAUAACCUUUCUGUUGUUCCUAGCCCUUGAACACAAGGAUGAUGACAAUGCAAGCAUCCAUCUUAUUCAUGUUUUCUUGAUGAGUCUCUGACGACAACUUAGAACUGCAUAAUCUCAGUAUUAAUGUGUGCCCUAAAGCAAUGAUUGUGCAGUCAUGAUUGAUAGUGUAUGGCCAGUUUAACAAGCACUCAUCAUAUGAAGAUGUAAAAUAUUAGCUUUAAAUUGUAUGUGAAUUAGCAUUUGGAUCUAUCUACUUUCAUGACCAUUUUCCUCUUUGUUCUGAGUAUGAUCAUUCCUGUCCUGGUUUCUAAUAUAUACAGAGGUGGAACUUCUUGACAAGUUACAGUUCAAUAUGUUGGAUGUGGCAUGUAGGGGAGAUAUUAUGGUUUAUGUGAGUCAGCUGUUCAUUACAUAUAGAAAAAAAAAAUAUUUAUGUAUUCUCUAGUGAAUACUCUAUUUUCAAAGAAUUAAGGUGGUAUCUGUUGUUCAUCUGCCAGCCAUAGUUAAUAUUAUAGAGAAGGCACACAACAUACAGAUAGAAGAAUCAAUCUAUAGUCGUGGUGCCCUGAGGUGUGCAUUAUUGUGCUAUGGUAGCCUGGCGUCUCAGCAUGUGUGCAUGUGCAUUGGAAAUGGCUGUCAGUAUUUAUAAUAUGCAGGCAGUAAUGACACAUAUUAUCAAUACAUCAUCAUCAUCAUUUCAUCGACACCUGCUCCUAGGAGCUCCCACCAGGGGAUGGCCACGGCAGAAGAGCUUCCAACUCUCUCUAUCCAGACACUCCCUCGUUGCCUGCUCGAAGUUUCUCAAAGAUCUUUCCCCCUCUCCCUAAAGUACUCUUGCACCCUAUCCCUCCAUUUCACUGGAGGUCGUCCUCCAGCAUUCCCUCCCUCUAUCUCACUCACAUACACCCUUCUGGUCAUCUUACUCUCCUCCAUUCGUUCCAUGUGGCCAAACCACUUUAAAGUCUGUCGCUUCACUUCUUCCCUUCACCCCUGUGACAUAUUCCAAAAUGCUCGUACACUCUUCCAUUACAUUAUUACAUAUACAUAUACAUAUUCAUAUUAUCAAUAAUAGUUGAUUAUUGUUUCAGAUUAUUGAUAAUUAAUAUUGCAGACAGCUGCUUUGUUAAACUUCUCUGUGGAGGCCAGCUUCCUCUCACCAUGAAAAAAGCAAAUGAUACUUUUGCUAAUAGUGCUGACUGCCAGUAGUAGUAGUGAUGACACUGACCUUUAGCAUACACUACAAAUGGUGGUAGUGACAGUGGUACGGUAAUGGUAGUUACAGUGGCCAUGAUGCUGUAAGAGAUGGCCGUGCCUGUAGGUGGCGUAGCUACACGAGGUCAUGACACUGGUGGUGUGAGUGCAGGCAUUCAUCAUCUGGAUACGAGUAAUGACUGCUGCAAAUAUCCUCUUUUCAGUCCAGUUCCUUUUAUGAUUGAUGGUGAGAUUUGGUGACUGCAGUUAAUAUGUAUUAAAACUAGACCCACAAAUUGCA